CGCCCGCGGGAGGCGUGAAUACCAUGGGCUCUUGCUCCGGCCGCUGCACGCUUCUUGCGCUCUGCGCUCUUCAGCUGGUCACUGCUCUGGAACGGCAGGUGUUUGACUUCCUGGGCUACCAGUGGGCACCCAUCCUGGCCAACUUCAUCCACAUCAUCGUGGUCAUCUUGGGGCUCUUCGGCACCCUCCAGUAUCGGCCACGCUACAUUGUGGUGUAUGCUGUGUGGGCAGCUGUCUGGGUUACCUGGAAUGUCUUCAUUAUCUGCUUCUACCUGGAAGUGGGGGGCCUCUCAAAGGACAGUGAGCUCUUGACCUUCAAUCUCUCCCGGCACCGCUCCUGGUGGAAAGAGCAUGGGCCAGGCUGUCUUCAUGAAGAGGCAGCCGCAGCUGGCCUGGAAGCAAUGCAUGGCCAGUCCUUGGUGGUAGAUGCUGGCUGUGCCACUGUGUACAGCUAUAUAGAAGCCCUGCACAGUGGUCUGCAGAUCCUGCUGGCGCUCCUGGGUUUCGUCUAUGGCUGCUAUGUGGUCAGCGUGCUCACAGAAGAAGAAGACAGCUUUGAUUUCAUUGGUGGAUUUGACCCAUUCCCCCUGUACCAUGUCAAUGAAAAGCCGUCCAGCCUCUUGUUCAAGCAGGCAUAUUUGCCUGCGUAAGUGAGAGAACAGUUGACCUUGCUCCUGCAACUCAGUUUCAGCCUCCAGAACGAAGAGGAGACUCCAGGCCUGGAGUCACAGCCCUGCUUCCCUG